AAACUGAGGCCCAGAGCAUGCAAGUGACUUGCCCAGGGUGGUGCCUCUCAUUGGAAAUAGGAGUCAGUGUGGCCCCCGGCGGUGCAGUGGGACCUGAGGAGUCCCUCCUCAUACUCAUUCCCUCUCCACCCACCACCCUCAGGCACUUUCUUGCUUUCCUCAGCCUAAGCUGAGCUUUGCAGCAAAGAUUCUUCAGAUGCCUGUUGCCUCUUUCUCUUCUAGGCUUCUCCAUGGCUCACCCCAUAUGAAGCUUCUGCAGCCAGAUAGUUAAAAUGGGGGAGGCUCGGGCUUGCAGAAGGGAUUGGGAGGAGCUAGAUAGACAGGAUAGCUUUUCUGCUCAUCCAGAAACUCGGCUUAUCUACCCUCGUGUCUUUCUCUGGUGCUGCUCAGGACCCUUGGGUACUGGACCUUUCAGUUGCCACUUUUCCUGAGGGGUAAACUGAGGUACCCUAAGAAGCCACUCUUCAGAACCCCAUUUAAAGGUCCUGAGGGUCUCGGUGCCUCUAGGAAAACCAGUGCUUAUCUGGGUCCAUCUUUCCCUGGGAUCGUAGCUGACAGUGCCGAAAGGCAAGGUCAGGAUGAGAGGUAACCAGAAUCAGUCUCCACUCUCUCCACCCUCUGCCCUGCUCCCUGGUCCAGUUGCUCUGUGUUGUUGGUUCCAGGGACCAGCGCAUCAGCCAGGACGUGGAACGGUUCUGCCGGCAGCUCAGCAGCAUGGCUAGCAAACUGAUCAUCUCGCCCUUCACCCUCCUCUACUACACCUACCAGUGCUUCCAAAGGCUGGCUUGGGCCUAUGAGCAUCUUCGGGUAUUUCAUUCUGGGAACCGUGGUGAACAAAAUGUUGAUGGGGCCCAUCGUGGCAAAGCUGGUGCAGCAGGAGAAGCUGGAGGGGGAUUUCAGGUUCAAGCACAUGCAGAUCCGGGUCAAUGCUGAGCCUGCUGCUUUCUUCAGAGCUGGGCACGUGGAGCACAUGAGGACAGACCGCAGGCUGCAGAGACUCCUUCAGACCCAGAGGGAGCUGAUGUCCAAGGAGCUGUGGCUGUACAUUGGCAUCAACACAUUUGACUAUCUGGGCAGCAUCCUGAGUUACAUUGUGAUCGCAAUCCCUAUUUUCAGUGGUGUCUAUGGAGACCUGAGCCCCACAGAGCUCAGCACCGUGGUCAGCAAGAAUGCCUUUGUGUGCAUUUACCUCAUCAGCUGCUUCACCCGGCUCAUCGACCUCUCCAGCACCCUCUCAGACGUGGCUGGUUACACGCACAGGAUCGGGGAACUUGAGGAGACCCUUCUGGACAUGUCCCCGAAGUCGCACGGUGGUGAGAUCCUGGAUGAGAGCGAGUGGGACGUGGACAGGGCCCCAGACUGGCCAGCCGCAGAACCAACGGACACAGCUUUUCUCCUCGAGCGGGUCUCCAUCUGUGCCCCCUUCUCUAACAAACCCUUAAUCAAGGAUCUGAGCCUGAAGAUCUCUGAAGGUCAGAGCCUGCUCAUCACGGGCAACACGGGCACCGGCAAGACCUCCUUGCUCCGGGUUCUAGGCAGCCUCUGGACAAGCACACGGGGCUCAGUGCAGAUGCUGACGGACUUUGGGCCCCAUGGGGUGCUGUUCUUGCCACAAAAGCCAUUCUUCACUGAUGGGACCCUUCGGGAGCAGGUGAUAUAUCCCCUAAAGGAGAUCUACCCCGACUCAGGCUCUACCGACGAUGAGAGGAUCGUGAGGUUCUUGGAGUUGGCAGGCCUGUCCAGUUUGGUGGCGAGGACAGAGGGUCUGGACCAGCAGGUCGAUUGGAACUGGUACGACGUUCUGUCCCCAGGAGAGAUGCAGAGGCUCUCCUUUGCCCGGCUCUUCUACCUGCAGCCAAAGUACGCAGUGCUUGAUGAAGCCACCAGCGCCCUGACUGAGGAGGUGGAGAGUGAGCUCUACCGCAUCGGCCAGCAGCUGGGCAUGACGUUCAUCAGUGUGGGACAUCGGCGCAGCCUUGAGAAGUUUCACUCCUUGGUUCUGAAACUCUGCGGAGAAGGAAGAUGGGAACUGACCAGAAUCAAAGUGGAAUGAAGCCAAGGGUGUGGCUGGCCACUGGACGAAGUGCCAAGCUCAGGGCAGAUCGGCAUCCCCCUGGAGAGACCAGGAGGCCUGCAGGGCAAGGGAGACCCCCUGGCCCGCCUCACAGGUCCUGUGCAGGGAGCGCUGGCAGCGAGGGUGUGGCUCCCAAUGGGGCACCCAGUCCUGCCAGGCCCCCCAGCUGCCUCAGCCAGAGCUCCCUGCACUCCCAAGUGCUGAUCGCUUACAAAUGACCUCAGAUUGUGUUUUCUAAAGAAAAACCUGAAAGUGUGAGAUCUAUGAGAAAUGUAGGAUCAAUGUGGAGAGAAUAUUGGGCUUAAAGUCCAGAGAUCCGGAAAUCUUUUAAAUCCAUUAAAUUUUGUGGCAAUAGAUUUUUAACUUUAAUCAACCACUUGAAUUUUAUAACUUUUUUAAAAAGAAAAGAUAAACAUUUCUUAAAAAUUG